AUGAAGUCCUCUCUGUCUCAGACUCUGUGUCCAGAGUGUGAUGAAGACCUCUCUGUCUCAGACUCUGUGCGGCUGGUUGGAGGCUCUGGUUUCUGCUCUGGAUCACUGCAGAUAUGGAACCAGUCCUGGAUCUCGGUCUGUGAAGGGGCCUUGGACCUGAGGGGAGCAGAGGUGCUGUGCAAGGAGCUGGGCUGCAAUGCACCUUCUGUCCUCCACCGGGCGCUCUCACCUCUUGGGCCAACGUUCCACUGUGAGGGCCAUGAGUCUGCUCUGAUAGACUGUCCCCGCUCCAGACCCAAGACCUGUUCCUCUGGACCCAGUGAGGUCGUCAUCUGCUCAGGUUAG